UGAUAAAAUAAUAAUUUAAUAAAAAAGCCAUAAAAUAAUUUUCACUCAGAAUAAAAAUCCCUUCUGUAUGCCCUCUUUUGACUGUCUAUGCCACAAUUUAAGUUAUAUUUUUUCUUGUUUGAUUGCAGUUCAGACAUGCUUCAUGGUCAGAAAGACAGUAAGGCUGCGGGAGGGGGAAUGAUGAUUUCUGGAUGAUAGAUUUUAAUGUACUUUCCUAGGAAUGUCUUUUUUUAUUUUGUCAUAUUUUAUAUCUAGUAGGUGGCAGAUGUAUCAUCUUCUCAGUGAGUUGAUUGCAGUUUAAGGUCUUUUGGUUUUCUCAUUGAACAUAACCCAGUUUUCCAGAGUCCAGAGAGGGGAUAUUGUGAUCUAUCUGAGCUUUUCUUAAUGCAAAAAGAAACUGAAAGCUUCCGUGGAGCUCCAGAAGGGCAGAGUGGCUUCCAAGUAAGGGGUUAAAACUACUUUUCCCAACUCAUACAAUUUCCAAUGCAGUCCGUGUGUUUCUGUGGGAGGGGGCUGCAGGGAGGGAAGCCUCGGUAGCAAUUGGCUGCUCUCUAUCAGCUGCAGCUGAGCUCGAGCUGCUGCUGGAGCGGUAUCGAUCUGAAGGGUAAAUGUGUAGGGAACCACAGCGAGGGAUUCGCUCAUUUCUGAGAAGGGACCCAGCCUCUGCCGGUAACAACGCGCUUUCUAUCUGCCUCGCCUGCCCGUGGGAUCCUUUGUGAAUGAGGGGGGACCCGAGGACGAGCAGUUUGUUGCCACAGCGAUCCGGAGGACUGUCGCGGUGCGGGUGCCGCUGCGGCUCUGUGCAGCAGUGCUCAUCUCAAAUGGAGAGUUGAAUUGAAUGGGGAGCGUGCUUUCUACUGCUGACAUACCAAAAUGUUUGAGGGGCUGUGGAUGUGGGUAGGGAAACAAUUACUGCCAGAUUGUAGUAACCCGUAACCCAGUCAGCUGAGAAUUGCAGUGAAUGAGACUAGCAAAGGUCUGAACUUCAAUUCUGUAAGAUCUUGGAAGAUGUGGCUUCUUAUUCACAGGAAAAAUAAAAACUGCUUUCAGCUGUAUGGCCAGCAGAAGACAUUAUAGUGGCAACUUCCAGACAGUGAAGAGUUCAACACAAACAAAAACCAGGCAGAGCAGCAUGCAGCUACCCGGAGUGUGUUGAUUGAAACUUAGAUUAUCCCCAGAUCUCUGUUGAUUUGACUGAUGCACCAGCUUUACCAGAGAAAAGAUUUCAAUUAAGGUCCCUUUAGAUGGAAUUUAAUGCGGCAAAAACCUUGUCAUCAGAAGGAUUAAUGCCUGCAUUAGCAUUUCCGCAAUAAAAUCAGAAGCUAAGUGGUGGAGGCCACAGACACCUCAAACCUGGAUUACUCUGCUCUGCAUUAAGUGCUGGAGUUUUUAUUACUUGCUGUAGGGAAGCCGUUGCCAAUGCUUACAAGGAACUGCUUAUCCCUGCUUCUCUGGGUCCUGUUUGAUGGAGGUCUCCUAACGCCACUGCAUCCACAGCCACAACAGACUUUAGAAGCAGAGCCAAGAGAAAAUGUUGUCCCAGUGCCAGGGAGGAGGUCAUCUGCCCAGCGAGUCAAACGAGGCUGGGUGUGGAAUCAAUUUUUUGUGCUGGAGGAGUACAUGGGCUCCGAACCUCAGUAUGUGGGAAAGCUUCAUUCUGAUUUGGACAAGGGAGUGGGCACUGUUAAAUAUACCCUUUCAGGAGAUGGUGCUGGCACUGUUUUUACUAUUGAUGAGACCACAGGAGAUAUUCAUGCCAUAAGGAGCCUAGAUCGAGAAGAAAAACCUUUCUACACACUCCGAGCGCAGGCUGUGGAUGUUGACACCAAGAAGCCACUAGAGCCUGAAUCAGAGUUCAUCAUCAAAGUGCAGGACAUUAAUGAUAAUGAGCCAAAGUUUCUGGAUGGGCCUUACAUUGCCAGCGUACCAGAAAUGUCUCCAGUGGGUGCAUACGUGCUCCAAGUAAAGGCAACAGAUGCUGAUGAUCCUACCUAUGGAAAUAGUGCCAGAGUGGUCUACAGCAUUCUUCAGGGGCAACCCUAUUUCUCCAUUGAUCCAAAGACAGGUGUGAUAAGAACAGCUUUGCCAAAUAUGGACAGAGAAGUGAAAGAACAAUAUCAAGUUCUUAUCCAAGCCAAGGACAUGGGAGGACAACUGGGAGGACUAGCUGGAACCACAACUGUAAACAUAACUCUCACAGAUGUCAAUGAUAACCCACCCAGAUUUCCUAAGAGUAUCUUUCAUUUGAAAGUGCCCGAGUCCUCUCAUGUUGGUUCUGCUAUUGGAAGAAUCAGAGCUGUGGAUCCUGACUUUGGGGAAAAUGCAGAAAUUGAGUACAACAUAGUUCCAGGAGAUGGAGGUAACUUGUUUGACAUCACAACAGAUGAGAACACCCAGGAAGGAGUCAUCAAACUUAAAAAGCCAUUAGACUUUGAAACAAAAAAGGCAUAUACCUUUAAAGUAGAGGCUUCCAAUCUCCAUCUUGACCAUCGAUUUCACUCAGUGGGUCCAUUCAAAGACACUGCCACUGUCAAGAUAAACGUGUUGGACAUGGAUGAGCCUCCAGUUUUCAGCAAGCCUUUGUAUACAAUGGAGGUGUAUGAGGACACUCCCGUGGGGACAAUCAUAGGGGCAGUGACAGCACAAGACCUCGAUGCUGGCAGCAGUUCGAUUAGAUACUUCAUCGAUUGGAAGAAUGAUGUGGACAACUACUUUACAAUAGAUGCUAAUGAAGGAACCAUUGCUACUAAUGAAUUACUGGACAGAGAAAGCACAGCACAGUACAAUUUCUCUAUAAUUGCAAGUAAAGUUAGUAACCCAUUAUUAACCAGCAAAGUCAACGUUAUAAUAAACGUCCUGGAUGUCAAUGAGUUUCCUCCUGAAAUUUCAGUUCCGUAUGAGACAUCUGUAUGUGAAAAUGCCAAGCCAGGACAGGUAAUACAGACUGUCACUGCCACAGACAAAGAUUUGUCACCAGCUGGGCAAAGGUUUUCCUUCAGACUGUCACCUGAGGCUUCCAACAAACCAAAUUUCACAGUCCAUGACUACAGAAACAACACAGCUGGGAUUGAAACCAGGAGAAAUGGCUACAGCAGGAGGCAGCAAGAGCUGUAUUUUCUUCCAGUGGUAAUAGAAGAUAGCAGUUAUCCUGUCCAGAGCAGUACAAACACAAUGACUAUCCGGGUUUGCAGAUGUGAUUCUGAUGGUACCAUCCUGUCCUGCAAUGUGGAAGCAAUCUUCUUGCCAGUAGGCCUCAGUACAGGAGCACUGAUUGCAAUCCUGUUGUGUAUUGUUAUACUUCUAGUCAUUGUAGUACUAUAUGUAGCACUACGGAGGCAGAAGAAAAAGGACACCCUGAUGACCUCUAAAGAAGACAUCAGAGAUAAUGUUAUCCAUUAUGAUGAUGAAGGAGGUGGAGAGGAGGACACCCAAGCUUUCGACAUUGGUGCUCUGAGGAAUCCCAAAGUGAUUGAAGAUAACAAAAUGCGCAGGGACAUAAAGCCAGACACCUUGCGUUUUCCACGUCAGAGACCACCAGUGGAAGACAACACAGACAUAAGAGAUUUCAUUAAUCAAAGGCUGCAGGAAAAUGAUGUUGAUCCAACUGCACCCCCUUAUGACUCCUUGGCAACCUAUGCUUAUGAAGGAAAUGGGUCCGUUGCAGAGUCCCUCAGCUCUAUAGAAUCCCUUACUACAGAGGCAGACCAGGAUUACGACUAUCUGAGUGACUGGGGACCUCGUUUUAAGAUCUUGGCAGACAUGUUUGGAGAAGAAGAAAGUUAUAACCCUGAUAAAGUCACUUAAGAACAAAUACAUCAGUGAAAUAAAAAGAAAAGCAAACCAACAACAAAUAAAAAAGAUAAACCUAAGCUUUAUAAUAGGACAGGAUUCCUUUGAUUAUAAAAGACAGCAAUUGUUUCCAGCAAGUUACCACGUUUAUCAUACUGUCAGUUUUUGUUUGAUCUGCAAAGAAGAGAUAAAUCCUGUAAUAUACACAGUUUUUUGUUGUUCUUAUUUUGUUACUCUGGAAUUACACUGAGACAAGCUCAGGCCUACAAGGUACAGUUUACUGACUGACUUAGAAAGAAGAUAGCUUUCUGGCAUCAUGGUGGAAGAGUGGUAGCUUUUUCGUAAUUCCACUAAAGUGCCUAUUGAAACUUUUAUCAUUUAAGUGGUAAAGAGUCUGCUGUGAUGGUGUUACAAAACUGAAUGAGAAUUGGACAUGGACUUCAAGACAAGAAGCAAUAGCAACAUGCUGACUUCUUAUCGAACAAAAAUGGAGAUAACUUCCCGGAGUAUAUCUAAUGAUUAAAACUAAGAGGGAUGUACAUUGUGUUCAGGCGUUAUAUUUGUGGGUUUUUUUAAAGAAGAAAACACUAUGUCAAGGCAUUAUAUUUCUUCUUUUCACUGAAAAUUGAAAUUUAAAAUGCUAUUGCUGACUGAAGAUGUAAAGCCAAAAUUAAAAAGAUUUUAGCAUACAUCAAUGAAUAUUUAAAAGUUCGUGAAAAUAUUUCAUUUUUUUCCAGAAUAAUAAAAGAUGAAAGCAGCUACUCCUUUACAUGAAGGAAAUUUCCCUUUUUAAAAAUGUGACUAUUAUUAGAAAAUUAAAUAGAUUUUUUUUUUUUUUUUAAUUUCUGUUUGUUUCUUUGUUUGUUUAGGAAUAUUGUUGUAUUUUUAGUACCAAGUCAUUUUUUUUCCCUUGUAAUUAUCACUGAACUAGUACAUGUAAAGAACUCCCCAUCCAUUUUCUUUGCAACUAGUUUGUUCGUCUUUGGAUACUGUAGAAAUACAUACUACAGAGAUAAUUAUUUUUUCAACCAAUCACCUGCUACAGUUCACCAUUAUAUUUUAGUGUCAGACCCUUAUUAAAAAUUGAAAUUCUUAUUAUGUGAUUUUGUUCUUCGUAAAAUCAUAGAGUGGUUUGAGUUGUAAGGGACCUUAAAAUCACCUAGCUUCCCCCUGUCUGACAUUGGCAGGGACCCCUUCCACUACAGACUGCUACAAAAACCAAUCCAAUCUGCUCUUGAACACUUAUAUGAAUCGGACAUUCAUGACUUCUCUGGGCAAGUUUUUGGUGCCUCACCAUCCUCAUAUUAAUAAUUUCUUCCUAAUAUGUACUAUAUUUUUUUUGUUCAAAAUCAUGACACAUUGUCCUAAUGAAAUCUAUUCCUUGACAAAAUAUUAACAGACAGAACAAAAACAUAAGACAGUAUAAUUCUCCACUUUUUAUGUUCAUACCCAUUUAUAAACAUAGCUGUGCAAAUAACAGAAUUGCAUAUAUUUGCAAGGCGCUGUGCCUUGGAAGAGCACUUGUAAACUAUUUCAUUUAAUUUUUUUUUCUGAGGAUUUAAGAAAUAUACAUUUUCUAAGACAAUGGUUUAUAGCCCCUGAAGUGUAUGUAUACCUAUAUUCUCCUUCUAAAAUCUCUGCCAUGCUAUACAAUAUGCUCAAGCUCUACUCAUGAUUACUGGCAGCGGCAAGGUGAACCUAAGUCUUUCACGUCUACAACUUAGUUUUUGUGCCACUGAAGAAUUAAUAGCUACCAGAUACACUUAGAUCACAUAUCUGAUUAACAUACCCAAAGUGCCCUCUACUCUUGUUGAAAUGAAAAGGUAUUACAAAGUUGUAUAAAUGACUCUUCCAAUAAGACUUUAAAAUUCAUGUUGCUUAAAUAAAUUUAGAGUUAUAUGGUAAAAUUGGACAGGGUUGCAUUAAAAUCACUGUCAGUGUAGAUUAUACCAGCAGAGAGCAGAGGUGUAAUGCGGGACACAGUAACAGAAAAUGUUCUGUAUUGGUGGGCUUGUGUUUUUCUUUUUCAUUAUUAGUCAAGGUAGUUUAUGUUCCUUGGAUGACAAACUAAGGCAACAAAAUCUCUCACCAAAUAUUAGGGAAGCAGAUGGAUUAGCAAGGCCCAUUUACUACCAUAACAAUUUUAGUUUCGAAGCUGCUGUUUUUAAUUUUUGUGCAUGAAAGCAUAGCAAGACCAACCACUGCAGAGUAGACCUCAAGCAGAACUCUUUAAAAAAUGUUUACAAAUGUGUAAUCUUAAGGUCAAUUUCUGCUCUUUGUAACUAUAUUAGUUCUUUACAAGUAUUAUGCAAGUAAAAUCAAUGAAAGUGAUACUGAGUGAACAGGAAAGCUCUCAAAGAGCUCAGAGCAUUUGCUCUGAGCAGGACAGUCUGUAUGGGAACCUAACAUCUAAAAUGUAAUUUAAUCAUGCUAUUACACAAAAUUCAGAUACAACAGUAGUUGCUUUAUGCUGAAUUACUGACAAAUUGAAUAUCAAAUGCGUAUUUUUGACAUUCAAGAGCUUUGUAAUUGAGAUGUUUCAAUCACAUAAUUAAUAAGCCUCCAGGAAGAUUAAAAAAAAAAAAAAAGGGUUAUAUAAUUACAGAUGCAGUUAUGCUAUAAAAUCUUAAUUAAAAUAUAAGACUUUUUUCAAAGGGUGAUCAAACAAUUUUAAAUUAAAGAAGGUAUUUUUUUUUGUAAACAGAUCUAUGAAACUAAGAAAAAUCAUCACUUUAUAUUCACACAUUAUCUGGGACCCAAUGGAUUUGUGUUUUAUUCCAUGUUCUAUCACUCUCUUUCUAAAAGAUGCAUGCCAGAUUUUAAGACUUUGUUUUUUAAAAGGUAAUUAAACAGAUAUGAAGUUUAUAAGAUUUCAAUAAGAUAUCUGAGAUGACAUGAAGUCAGUGGGACUAAGAACCCCAGUGCAUUUGUGAAUUGUACUAGGUAUGUACUUUUGUUUUUAAGCACUGUAGCUUUGAAAAAUCCCUAGAAAGACUUGUAUAAUCCAUAUCUCACAGUUGUCUUUCUCUGGACUAUGGAAAGAGCCAUAAAAUCUCAUGUUGUAUGAGUAGUGACAGGAAACUGUUUACGAAAAAGUUUAAAAGGCACUGAAGUGGUAGACUCAAGGAAAAUGCUUUUCAUUCUAAUUUCCAAAAAUAAGAUACUGGUGCACAAACAUUCGGCAUCAUCUUAAAUGUCUGAACAGUGCCCCCCUCAAAACACAAAACAUUCUGUAAAAUGCCUUCAAGUAAUCUAGUUUGUAAGAUUAUAUUGUGGACAUACAGAACUGAAGACAAAUUUAUAACAAUACUUUGAAAUAAAUUUUAUGUAGGAAAAAGACUUUUGUGUCCUGAAAACAUCAUGAGUUAGAAUAGUUCAGACCAUUUCAUUAAAUAUAAAAGAUUAUUAAUACAUGGAUUUAAGUGUGCUACCUCACAAAUCUGAAAAUAUUGUUAUUCUUGAAAUGCAGAUUUACAAUAUUGUGAGAUAACAAAGAUUUGGAAAGCAAUGACAGUAGACAGUGUCUGUGGCACAAAGGUCUGUUUGAAUAUUUUAUACUUCCAAAAUUUUUACUUAUACAAAUUUUAUAAGUUUGCUCUGAAUUUUGCUGUUUGAAAAUAAAAUUAGUUGAUGAGGAUUUACUCUGAGUUAUGAAAGCAAAGUUCAUUAUUAUGGAGCAAAGAACAACAAAUGAUUCAAAAUAUUAUGGAUAAUAUUAUUCUAGACAGUACCCUGCAAAUGUUUUUGCCUUAACAAUAAGAUGUCAAUUUCCAGAUAAACACAACUGAUCUUUCACAGAAUUAAAAAAUACCAUUUAGCCAAUGCAAUACUUAAAUUUCUCUCCACUGCCAUUUUGAAAGAGUUCUUAUGACUGUGUUGUGUUAAGUAACAAAAUGCUAUUAAGUGAAUACAGAAAGAAAAUACAAUAAUAUUUUGGGUUGCUGGCAUUUCAUACGAUGUUAGUGACUGUUUUAUUUGCUGAGAUUUGAGAUUUGAGCUUGUAAGUUACUUACUGUUGUCAUUUUUUUUUUUUUAAUCAUUAUUAAUGUUCCAAUCCUGUGUGUAUAGAAAUAUUUUUGAGCUUUACUAAACUUCGUAAAACAAAUAAUGAAAUAAGCCCUAAAACAACCUUAUGGAAGUGACAUUAACUGUAAAUGAAAAUCAAACUUUAUAUUAAACCCUUCCAAACCUUCUCCUAAUGGGAAAUCUAUAACAACCUGAUUCCUUUUCUCUUCUCAUUUAAAUCAAGACAGAACAGGAGAAACAUUUGCCAUUUUCAGCAAAAUUAAGAUAAGCUGUUGGUUGUUGAUGAUUGUUGUUUGUUUGUUUGUUGAUAUUCUGUUUGCUUCAAUUAUAAACCUCCUCUGAAAAACUGCAAUGAUAAACACUUUUGGAAAAAAAAAAAAAAAAAAUUGUGGAGUUUACAAAAAUC